CUAUUCUCCAUAGAAUCAUUUCCCUCCUCCUAUAUCUCUCUGUAUCCGCUUACAUCUGUAUAUUCUCUACUCGUGUAUGCUCUGUGUUCACGCAUUCAACCCAUCUAUCUUUGUCGAGUAUAGCUAUUUCAAGUAGUUAUAUCCAUACCUUACUGGAGCCUUCCUACCAUUGCUUCUCUGCAAAAAAGCGUCUAGCUAUUCUGGGAAACACCUCGAGUGUUGAAUUUUGAUAUCUCAUCUGCACUCGUUUGUGGUUUGGAGUAGCUUGAGUAUACUGGAAUUCUCAGCAUAAAAUGGCUACUGCCACCGUCUCAACCCCUCUGAAGAGUCACCAUGGACUGUUCUCCUCCAAGACCGCUGGUGGGCGGAUGCCUCUGACACCGUCGCCCAGAUCUAGAACCACUAGCAUAGCCACCAAUGUGUCAAACCACUCCUCUCCCUUCACCCCUCCGCGGCAAUCAUCCGAUUCAACUUAUGUGGCUACUCAGUCAGUGUAUGGCGGUAAUCUCUCCUCCCAUUUCGCCAGAUCUAUUUCGAGAACGGUGUCAAGAACCCACCGAGAUUCUCCAAAGUCGAAUAUUGCCAAAACUAGAAAAUCUCCCCGACAUUUGGAACUGGGUGUUUCUGAUUGGACGUUGACUGGAACUGGUCCAGCCACCGGUCAGACGCCAACUAAAAAAAAGGAGACUUCUUUCCGUUCAAGAACUUCAAAGACAACUAUUCGUCUUCCACAUAAUACGGCCGACCGCUUCAUUCCGAAUCGAUCGGCCAGCGAGGGUCUCGCGACCGCGGGAACUGCCAAGCCAGACGAGCACCAACGGCCAAAGACUAGCGAAGGCUCUGCAGUGCUAGCAAAUGCCGCUAGCGCGUUUCAUAUUGGCAGCAGGGAAAACGAUGACGACAUCGCAAGUGCUUUGGAAAAUCUGGGCCUGGACGACCACGACAACACUACCUAUUCUCGCCCUGCGCCAGAUGCCGUUGCAUACAAAUCAUCCCUUGCCUCCGCAUGCGACAUCUCCCUCAACACUCGCAUCCUUGCGUUCAAACCUCCUCCUCCAGAAUCAUCCAAACCAAUCGACCUCCGCUCCCAGUACAACCGCCCUCUCAAACCAGCCAACCCUCAAUCUGCGCAAUUCAGACGACGAGUCCAAACGGCUCCAGAGCGUGUUUUGGAUGCCCCUGGCCUUGUUGAUGAUUACUACCUUAAUUUGCUAGAUUGGAGUUCGGGCAACCAGGUGGCAAUCGGUCUCGAGCGCAACGUGUAUGUUUGGUCGGCGGAGACCGGUUCCGUCAACUGUCUUUUAGAAACAUCCCCCGAUACCUAUGUCAGCAGCGUGAAAUGGAGUGGUGAUGGAGCUUAUGUGGGUGUCGGGCUCGGCACAGGAGAAGUCCAGAUUUGGGACGUUGAGGAGGGCACCAAGCUGAGGAGCAUGUUCGGCCAUGAGACCCGUGUUGGUGUCAUGGGAUGGAACAAGCACACCCUAUCCACUGGGGCACGAAGUGGCCUUAUUUUCAACCAUGAUGUUCGUAUCGCCCAACACAAGACUGCUGAACUUGUCUCCCACACAUCCGAAGUCUGUGGCCUCGAAUGGCGGUCCGAUGGCGCCCAACUUGCUACCGGAGGAAAUGACAACCUCGUCUCCAUCUGGGACGCAAGAUCUCUGAGCGCACCCAAAUUCACCAAGACCAACCAUCGCGCCGCUGUGAAGGCUCUUAGCUGGUGCCCGUGGCAAUUGAACCUCCUUGCUACAGGAGGUGGAUCCUAUGACCGCCACAUCCAUUUCUGGAACACCACCACUGGCGCUCGCACUAACAGCAUCGACACCGGUUCCCAGGUCACGAGCCUUCGAUGGAGUAACCACUACCGUGAGCUUGUGAGCUCCAGCGGGUUUCCCGAUAACUCCCUGAGCAUCUGGAGCUAUCCUUCCCUCGUUCGUAAUGUGGAAAUUCCCGCUCAUGAAACACGUGUGCUCCACAGCUGUCUCAGUCCCGACGGGCAAAUGUUAGCUACUGCUGCUGCCGAUGAGAGUCUCAAAUUCUGGAAAGUUUUCGAGCGGAAGCCUGGCACCACGGCUGCUGCUUCAAGAGAGGGAGCCGUUGGGUCCAAGGGAAGCCAAAUGGCCAAGCAAAUGACGAUUCGGUAAACCCAGAAUGAAUAUCAGGUUAUGUCGGGUUUUUGAGAGACUCUGCAUUUCACUGGUGUUCGGCAUCGCUUUGUUAAGUUCGUUCUUUGGGCAUUGCAAUGGUCAGAGCGUUGUCUUUUGGUUCAUCCAAUCUCCAUUUGAGGUGAGUAUGAAGAUCGCAAUUGUAGUCAUAUUGAGCGGCGUGUGCUUCUUGUCUUUCCUGUCGAUAAUAAUAGUAGUACGUUUGUUUUUUUGUUGCUUUUGCUUCUGCUUUUGCUGUUCAGUGUCGAUUUUAGUUAGAGGUGAUCGAUCAAUAAGUUUAUUUUCUCGUG